AUGCCCUCUGCGAUACCGUCCUCGCACGACCAUCGAACUGGAGCACAGUCGAGCGUGUUGCCCGUAGGAUCUGUAUGUGAGGGCAUUGACAGCAAGUCCGGCGAAUCGUAUCUGGCGACCAUCCUUUCACGGCGAUCCGGUAGCUCAUCUACGCUCGCAAAAGCCGAAGCUGACUCCGACAACGUGCAAUACUACAUCCACCGCCACGACCAGGACAAACGCAUGGACGGCUGGGUCGACUGCUCCACUGUCCAACCCGCUUCAACGACAUCCGGUCUGGACACCAGGCCUGGCUCGGUCGGCUCUACAACUCCUCUCAGGGGUGUCAACAGAAGCACACCUCCGCAAUCAAUCGAAAAGGGAAAAAGAAAGGCGGAAAAUGAUCCCCCCACCGAUGGCAGUGAUGGCAGCCGCACUCCCUCUGUUAGCCGACAGGCGUCUCCAGCGGUUGCUGAUCGAGUCACGAGUCAUCGCGGCAGGCAAAAGGCAGUCGCAUCGUCCCCUUCCGAUACUCCAGCGCUACGCAACAUUGAUCGCGUCUUGUACGGCAAUUACGACAUCAAGACGUGGUAUUACAGUCCUUAUCCUCUCGACCACGAUGACGAUGGCCCGGAAACCUCGACUGCCCAUUCAGCGAAUGCGACCCUUGCUAGCGGCAGACGCAAUCAAUCGCCCUCGGCUUUGCGCACAGGAGCGAAUGUUUCGGCCGCGGCUGCCAAGCGCGGCGCGCGCAGAGACAGCUCGAGUGGCCUGGGAGGAGCUCUGUCCGGCUCCGCGCGCGAUGCACCAGCAAUCAAGUCGCUGGCUGCAUCCAGCUCUUCAGACAGCAUCACUGCUGCUUCUGGCCGACACUCACCCGCUUCGCCUUCCACUAUCAGUGGCGUUGGGCGAUCCAAGAAGGAUCCGCUCAUCCCGACAAAGAUGCUCUGGAUCUGUGACGGAUGCUUCAAGUACAUGAAGACGUACAACGGCUUCGCUGCACACCGCAAAUUCUGUCGCAACACCCAUCCUCCGGGUCGCAAGGUCUACCAACGCGGCGCGCACAUCAUCUGGGAGGUCGAUGGAGCAGCCGAAAAGCUCUACUGCCAGAACCUGUCGCUCUUCGGCAAGCUCUUUAUCGAUCACAAGACUAUCUACUUUGACGUCGAGCCGUUCGUGUUCUACAUCCUCACGGACGCUGCCAACGCAUCCUUCGAUCAUCCGCUUGGCUUCUUUUCGAAGGAAAAGGUCUCGUACGACGACUACAAUCUGGCGUGCAUCGUGACGUUCCCUCCAUUUCAAAGGAAGAGUUUUGGCACUCUGAUGAUUGAGUUCUCGUACCUGCUUUCGGCGGGUCAGGGCAUGUUGGGCACGCCAGAGAGGCCAUUGUCGGAUCUUGGGCUCAAGGGAUACUUGUCCUUCUGGACCGCGGUUUUGCUGAGGGCUCUGAUCAGCUGCUUCGAUGGUCCGCUGCGAGUCGCAAGCGGCGGUAGCGCGGGGAGACAGCGGAGGGCUUCGUCGGCUGCCAAACCACUGGACGACGCUGCCAGAUCCAGCGAUACACAGGAUAAGGUUGAAGAUUCUCUGCGUCGAUGGCAUAUCCUGACGCAACGGUGUAAGCUCUUGGGCUUACCCAUCGAGUCCAUCUCGCAUCAGCCUGGAUUCGCAGAGCUGCAGCAGCUGGUCGCAGAAGCCAACACCUCGGACAACGCAGCGAGUUCGGCGGCUGGAUCCCACAAGCGCAAGCUCAGGCUCAAAGGCUGGGCAGGAAGCGUUCCCACUCGAACGCCCCGUCGCCCACAGCAGAGCAGGAGCAGUGAGAACGGUGCGGCCGCUGACGGCGAAGGCGCACGUCGCUCCUCCAGAGUCGCGACCAAUGGUCUGUCAACGGAUGAGGGCACGGAGGUGGAAGUUCACCCAGUGCUGGAUCUGUCAAAGAUGGACGACGAGGGGCCCGCCACGAUGGCCGUCACGGUGGACGACUUGUCGAGGUUGACCCAUCUGCGCGCGGACGACAUUGUGCUCGCGCUGCGAGAGGCUGGGCUAGUCGAUGCUCCUACGACGCCGUUUCUCAACGCUAGCGACGAAGCGGUGGUGGAGCACAGCGGUGCAGCGAGCGGUGGGGCUGAUCGAGCAACACACGUGAACGGCAACAGAACGAGCAGGCCAGCCUUGCUGCUCACGCGCGACGCACUGCUCGAAGCCAUAUCACGAUUCAACGUCCGUCCCGCCGUUUUGGACGAAUCGUACGCUCUCAUCUGA